CACCCCGAGCCCGUAAUUUAUCCCCCAUCACCCCGUUUCUCAUUUCCACUGCAACCCACCAAAACACCACCCCACCACCCCUCAACUCCGACCUUGCAAUAGCCGAGCGACCCCUCAAGAACAGCAACCAUGUUUCGCCGAGCCACCACCGGAAUCUUAGCCCGAAACAUUCGGGCUCGACUCUUCUCCACUGGCCUCCCAGCAGCACAAACAAUUGACUCAACAUUUGCGGAGGCGUGGAAAAAAGUGGCACCAAACUUGGACCCACCAAAGACUCCACUUUCUUUCAUGCAACCUCGGCCUCCAACUCCUUCUGCUAUCCCUUCUAAGCUUACUGUUAACUUCGUACUUCCUUAUGCUUCUGAGAUUUCUGGUAAAGAGGUCGACAUGGUCAUAAUUCCAGCAUCAACUGGGCAGAUGGGUGUUCUUCCGGGACAUGUAUCAACAAUUACAGAAUUGAAACCUGGGGUACUAUCAGUGCAUGAAGGAAAUGAAGUGAAGAAGUAUUUUGUUAGCAGUGGCUUUGCAUUCAUCCAUGCCAACUCGAUGGCUGAUAUAGUUGCUGUUGAGGCUGCGCCCCUUGAUCAAAUUGACUCCAGCCUAGUUCAGAAGGGUCUCACAGAGUUCACCCAGAAGCUAAGCUCGGCCUCAACUGACUUGGAGAAAGCUGAAGCUCAAAUUGGAGUUGAUGUGCAUAGUGCUCUCAAUGCUGCUCUCACAGGCUAAUUUUAUGCUUGCAGUCCUUCUACGAGACCCUUGAUUUAGUCAUGCUGCAUGUUUUCUUUUUAAAGUCUGGCUUGUUGACGUGCAAAUUGAUCACCUCAAGCUGAACAUUGCUUUUCAACGUUUUUAUUUCUCUACUUAUUAGCUGAAUGGGAAAUUGGUGAAUAAUACGUGAAUUGAUUUAUCU